AUGGGCCGGCGCCGCCUGCCCCUGUGGCUGUGCGCCGUCGCGGCGCUGCUCUCGGGGGCGCAGGCCAAGGGCACCCCGCUCCUGGCGCGGCCCGCGCCGCCCGGCGCCUCCCGCUACAGUCUCUACACGACGGGAUGGCGCCCUCGGCUGCGCCCGGGGUCGCACAAGGCCCUCUGUGCCUACGUGGUACACAGGAACGUGACCUGCAUCCUACAGGAGGGAGCAGAGAGCUACGUAAAGGCUGAGUACCGGCAGUGUGGAUGGGGGCCCAAGUGCCCCGGGACAGUCACGUACCGCACUGUGCUCAGACCCAAAUACAAGGUUGGAUACAAGACAGUGACAGACCUCGCCUGGCGUUGCUGCCCUGGCCUCACUGGGGAACGCUGCCCUGAGCACCUUACGGACCAUGGGGCUGCCCCACCCCGGCUGGAGCCUGAGCCCCAGAUUCCCUCGGGGCAGCUGGGCCCAGGCAUCAGGCCCCCUCCUUACAGCAGAGCAGCCCCCAGCCCUCACGGAAGGAAAGGUCCAGGGCUGUUUGGCAAGCGGCUAGAACGCCUGGAGGGUGAUGUCCAGCGCCUGGCACAAACAUAUGGUACCCUCAGUGGCAUGGUGGCCAGCCAGGAGGACCCCAACAAGGUGAAUGGUGGUCCCAGGGCUCCUGCUGCCCCUGUGGGCUUCGGGAUCAUCCCUGAGGGGCUUGUGGAUCCAGGAGAGAGAGCCAGAGGGCCACCCACACCUCCCCUUGACGAGAUCCUGACCAAGGUGACAGAAGUGAGCAACACACUGCAGACCAAGGUGCAGCUGCUGGAUGAGGUGCACGGGCUGGCACUGGGCCACGAGGCCCACCUGCAGCAGCUGCGGGAGGCCCCGCCAUCCCCACUCACCUCCCUAGCACUGUUGGAGGAGUACGUGGACCGACGGCUGCACCGCCUCUGGGGAAGCCUGCUGGACGGCUUCGAGCAGAAGCUGCAAGGUGUCCAGAGUGCGUGCGACCUGCGGGUGCAGGAGGUGCGGCGGCAGUGCGAGGAGGGCCAGGUAGCCAGCCGGAGGCUGCACCAGAGCCUCGAUGGCCGGGAGCUGGCCCUGCGCCGGGAGCUCUCCCAGCUGGGCAGCCAGCUGCAGGGCCUGAGCGCAGCGGGCGGGGGCAGCUGCUGCGGCCAGCUGGCAGUGAUCAGUGCCCGUGUGGAUAGCCUUGAGAGGACCCUGCAGGCAGUCACUGAGACCCAAAAGGCCCCAGGAGGCCCGGCUGGGGAUGAGCUCACACGACUCUCUGCCGCCAUGCUCGAGGGAGAUGUGGAUGGGCUACUCGAGGGCCUGAAGAUGCUCAAUGGGACGGAGAGUGGAGCGAGGGGCUGCUGCCUGAGGAUGGAGAUGGGGGGCUGGGGGAUGGGCGGCUUCAGGAACAUGCUGGAAGAGCGCAUGCAGAGCCUCGAGGAGCGCCUGGCAACACUGGCUGGGGAGCUAAGCCAAGACAGCGCUCCACCGGGCAGGUCAGCACGGCCCCUUGUGCAGACGGAGCUGGCCGUGCUGGAGCAACGGCUGGUCUCGCUGGAGACCUCAUGCAUCCCCAGCACCACCUCAGCCAUCCUGGACAACCUCGUGGCAGAGGUGAAGGCCUGGCAGAGCCGGAGCGAGGCCCUCCUACGCCAGGUGGCCAGCCACGCAGCUCUGCUCCAGCAGCUCAAUGGCACCGUGGCCGAGGUCCAGGGGCAGCUGGCAGAAGGGACGGGCAGCUCACUCCAAGGCGAGAUCACUCUGCUGAAGGUCAACCUGAACUCAGUGAGCAAGUCGCUCACGGGCCUCAGUGACUCUGUCAGCCAGUACUCUGACGCCUUCUCGGCUGCCAACACGUCCCUGGACGAGCGAGAACGCAAGGUGGAAGCCGAAGUCCACGCCAUCCAGGAGGAGGUCAGCAGCCAAGGCUCCAGGCUCCAGGCUGGCCACAGGCAGGUCCUGAACCUGCAGGGUGAGCUGGAACAACUGAAGGCUGGUGUGGCCAAGGUGGCCAGCGGCCUCAGCCGCUGCCAGGACACAGCCCAGGAACUCCAGCACGCAGUGGGCCACUUUGACCAGCGGGUGGCACAAGUGGAGGUUGCCUGUAGGAGGCUGGGCGUGCUGGCCGCAGGCCUUGACAGCUGGCCCAGGGAGGGCCUGUGGGGCCACAUGGACCAGCUGAAUCGCACACUGGCCCAGCACACACAGGACAUUGCCCGCCUCCGAGAUGACCUGCUGGACUGCCGGGCCCAACUGGCUGAGCAGGCACGGCCAGGGCGAGCCGACUAGGGAGGCUGGCAGGGUUCCAACCCCCAGAUCCCACAACCCAGGGAGCAUCACCCCAGAGCCCAGCCUUGUGCAGUCGUGCCUCCCAGCUUCCCCUGGCCAGCCCAGAUGCCACUGCAGAGGCCAUGGAAAGAAUGGGCUCAGUCCACCUCCACAUGGCUGUCCCAGCCACCAAAAUCCAUGCUCAGUGCUGCACAAACUGGACAAUUCAGGAGAGUGGUCAAGGCAGGGACAUCAUGCCCAAAGGCCAGGGUGGACUUAAGAGCCCUCACAU